AUGCAGUUCGUCCGCCCCCUCCGUCUGAGCACGAAACGAAUUGUUUCGCUACGCCCAAUUCCAAUCACCAGAUACCACCGGACCUAUGCCACCACAACCACCACCACAACCAACUCAGCAGUUAUCUACGAUGUAGUUAUCGUUGGUGGAGGACCAGCGGGACUUUCGUUGGCCAGCGCGCUGCGCUCCUCGCCAGCCACGAACGCGCUCAGAGUCGCGCUCAUCGAGGGUAUGGAUCUGGAGCCAUUGAGGAAGUGGGCACCGGAGCCGAGGACUUACUCGAAUCGCGUCAGCUCGUUGACUCCGGGAUCGGUUAGGUUCCUUAGCGAUACUGGCGCGUGGAAUCAUGUUCGGGGGGAGCGGGUACAGGCAUACGAUGGGAUGAAUGUGUGGGAUGGUGUGUCGGGCUCGCAGAUUUCCUUCUCGGCGGGCUUGCAAGGAUCGGAGUCGACGAUUGCGUACAUGUGUGAAAACAACAACCUCGUCUCCGGACUCCUCUCGAGGAUCGCUGAGCUCGGUGAGGGGAUUGAUAUCAUGGACAAGACGAGGGUGGAAAAAAUCAGCUUCGGUGAGGACAACGGGGAGCUGGAUCUGCGAUCAUGGCCGGUCGUGCAAGUGUCCUCGGGCAAGCAGUUAGCAGCGCGGCUGCUCGUUGGCGCUGAUGGCGCAAACUCUCCAGUGAGGACGUUUGCGGAUAUUGAGACACGCGGAUGGGAUUAUGGAAGGCAUGGGGUUGUCGCUACGCUAAAUCUGGAGGAGGAGGGAGAGAAGAUCGCGUAUCAGCGGUUCCUACCAACGGGCCCUGUCGCAAUGUUGCCCUUACCAGGGCCGUACGCCUCACUCGUAUGGUCAACCACACCGCAGAACGCAGCAGCUCUCAAGACACUAAGCUCCGACGGCCUUGCGGCGAUGGUAAAUGCCGCCUUCAGGUUGAGCCACGUCGACAUCGAUUUCAUAGUUUCCAACUUCAAGGCUGGACUCGUGGACGAGGUCGCAUGGCGGGAAAAAUCCACCUCCUUCGAUACCUCCCGCGUUCCUAGCAGAGUAGUUGGUGUGCAGGAAAAGUCCGUAGCCAGCUUUCCGCUCAAGAUGCGACACGCAGACUCCUACAUCUCCGAGCGGGUAGCGCUCAUCGGCGAUGCAGCCCAUUCCGUCCACCCCUUAGCUGGUCAAGGCCUCAACCAAGGACUUGGCGACGUCAGGUCCCUCAUAAAAACUCUUGAAUUCGCAGUCCAGCACGGCCAGGACAUCGGCAGCGUGCUCAGCCUCGAGCCGUAUUUCUCAGAGCAGUAUCUCAAGAACCAUGUGCUCCUCGGUGUCGUAGAUAAGCUGCACAAGCUUUAUGCCACUACGUCGGCACCCGUGGUGGCGGCUAGGAGCUUGGGCUUGGACGUGGUCGAUAAGUUGGGCGUGUUCAAGAGGUUCAUCAUGGCGCAGGCGGCGGGGAGGUGA